ACAAUUUUUGUAACCUUAAAUACAGAUUAUUUUCAACGAAUCAACGUCUGCAUUUGUUACUACUAUUCAGCAAGAAAAUUAAUAUUAAUAAAAAUCAUAAUUAUUGACUAUGUACCGAGAGAAAUCUAUCCAUAAUUAAUCAAAUUAAUAGACCAAAUUAAUACUCUGCUUAAAUAUAAAAUCAUCAACAAUAAAUUUGUAAUAUUCAUUACAGUUAGUAAAUUAUUGAUUUUGUAAUCUACAAGAGUUAUAUGAAAUUAAAGAUAAUUAAAUCGAUCUUAGGUGUAUAAAAAGCAGUAAUAACAUUCUAGUCAUUAUAUAGAAGUUUAGUAUAUUAGAAUUUACAAUGCAGCCCAUGCAAUUUCCUGAGCAUAGGAAUUACAAUGUAAUACACUCAAGAAUGCUGGGAAAACAAGAGCUAGAGAGAGGAAAGAUACACUAUAUGAGUUCAUCAUAUGUUACACAUUUUACAAAGUUCAGAGCACUACCAAAAUUUCAUGCUACAGCAGUUAAAAUAUUAAAAUGUAUGGAAGCAGAAGGACUUACACUACAAGAAGCUGCUGAGCGGUUAAAAAUAAAAUCAUUGGACGAAACAGAAAAAAUGUUAAUAAAUGUUAGCCAGCAUUAUGGCAAAGUAAUAGAAUACCUUAUGAUGAAGAGUACACUUUUAAAAGAUUGUCCAUUUUUAGACUUUCACACAAUAAAAAUUAUGAUAGGUCAAUUAUUGUGGGGUCACCAAAAUAUUCCAAUUGGGACAAUAGAGGCUACUAAUUUACUAUAUUAUGAAGCAGAUUUGAAGGAAGAUUUUUUGGAAGCAGACGCUAUGUUAUACUAUACAUACGAAUCUUAUAUAUCUACAUUACCAACGUAUGUACGAGUAAACACACUUUCUAUUUCACUUGAACAAUGUAUUCAUGCAUUUUAUAAGGAAGGCUGGGAGCUCAUACAGUAUCCACAGACUUAUUCACACUAUUUGGCCACUAUCUCACAAUUGAAAAAAAGAGAAUUUAUCAGAGACAUUCACAUAUCAGAAUUGUUAAUAUUUCCCCCUGGUACAUCAUUUUACAACCAUCCUGGAUAUUUGAAAGGAAAAUUUGUUUUGCAAAAUAAGGGAAGCUGUCUAGCGAGUUUCUUAUUAAAUCCAAAGCCAGGAUCAGUUGUAUUGGACAUGUGUGCUGCUCCUGGCAAAACAUCAAAUCAUCUUGCUAACAUAAUUAAUAAUGAAGGAAUUGUUUAUGCAGUUGAAAACCAUCCUCACAGGUAUAAUAAACUGUAUUCAUUUCUAGAAUUAACAAAUGCAAGGUGUGUAAAUACAAUGUGGUCAGAUAACAUGCAAGUCAAAAUUGAAGAUGUAAAUUAUGUUUUGAUUGAUGCAGACAGCACCUGUACUGGUAUAUUUUAUAAAAGGGCAAAAGCUGGUUUAAGUCGUAGAUUCAAACAAUAUUUUCAUGCUUCUUUUAAAGCUCUUACUUAUGCUCUUCGGACUUACACAACUGCCAAAAGAAUUGUUUAUAGUUCGUGUACAAUCCAUCCUGAGGAAGGGGAAAAAGUGGUACAACAUGCACUUGGAAAAGUGGGUUAUUCUUAUAGUCUUCUUGAUGUUAAAGAAUUAUUGUGGUCUGAAUGGAUCAGUGUUGGGCAAAGUGUAAAUCAUUUUGGUUUUUUUCCUCCUGCUUCUAAAUGCUUACGCAUUAAUCCAGACGUUGAUAAGUGCCACGGUUAUUUUAUUGCGGUAUUUGAAAGAAAUUUUGAUGUACCUGUACCACCUUACCAAUGGAAAAUAAAAGAACCACAAGAUGUUUGCAAUGUUACUGAAGAUGUAGAAGAUGAAACAGAUGAUGAAAUUCCAAGUCACAAUAACAGUAAAAUACUAGAACCUGCAGCACCCCCAGUGGUCAAAAAAUCUCGGAAAAAACUUUAUUUCGAGAAAUUAAAAGCGCGUUUUGCAGAAAAAAAAAAGAUGAAUAGGUUACAGCGUCAAUCAAAAAAUGCUCAAACUUCUACUGCAACAAAUCAAACAAUAAAUAGUCAGUCUAGUUCGCAGCCGUUCUACAAAAUCGAGCAUAGCCAAUUAUAUCCAUAAUUUGUUCACUGGUUACAGUGUUGAAGUGCUUUUUUCACUGACAGCUUCAAAAUUUGAAUAUAUUCUUAAGAUUUUUUAAUAUAUUAGAAUAAAUUAGCGUUUGUGUUUUAUAGUUGCUAAUAAAUCUUUUAUACGUAAAUAAAGUAUUUUUGG